CUCUUCACUGGCAGUCAAUUCCAAUUAACCCCUAAACAUCACGCGUCAUGCCUUCACGCAACUGGCAUCCAAAGUCCAGACUUGGUUGCACUCAAUGCAAGAAGCGCCAUAUCAAGUGUGAUCUGAAACAAGCUGGUUGUGAUAAGUGUAGCAGCAGGGGGAUUGUCUGCGACUUUCAGCAACAACGGCCUAGGACAGAGAACACAAGCUGCACAAUUGUGGUACACUCCGACAGAUAUCAGUGCCCAACUGCUUCAAGUGACCUGACGCAUCUUUAUAGCGUGGGGAAGCUGCUAUGCCUCAUCGAGAAUAACGAGCUGAUGGACUCGUGGGACCCAAUUCUCGCAGCACACGUCCAGAAGCAUUCUUUCCUGAAGCACGCUUUCCGUGCACUCGCUAUACUUCGCUCACGCGCCAUGACACCAUCCGUUCGGAGGGACGAUUACAUAGAUGGAUAUCUGCAUCACAUAGCCGCGACGAAUGAUUUUCGGAGUCAUGUGGCUUCGGUGGGCAAUCCAAGCUGGAUCCCGACCGUCAUGUUCACAAUGGCGAUUAUCAUCUUGGAGAUCAGAGGCUUCGUCAUAGACCAGACGCCUCAAUCUUUGGUGAAUGUGCUCACGACUCUGCGGACCUCAGCGAAGCUCGUCGAGUCGAUAGCAGCAGAUUUCAUACAGCGACAGCAAGUGAGGGAGCGUCUGCGUGAUGUAUUUGUGCUCGAGAACCCAUGGGCUAAGAUUGCAGCGGAAGAGUCUGGGAACACAGCACCAGCAAAGUAUAUCGUCUCUGAAAAAAUGGAUAAUGGAAACACAGUGCCACCCGCGAACUUGGGCGCAUAUAAUCCAGUGGCCGGCCUCUUUAACUGA